AUGUUGAUGAGUCCCCUCCUCCUGGACCUCAAGGCUGGGAAAUUUUUUUGUCAGCUCCCUGCAGUUCAGAAUCGGGGAAAGUACACUCCAGCAAACACAAUGCUGGUCAAAUCUACAGUUGUUCCCGGCUUCUUGCUUUUUCUUCUCUUGCCUGAUUUCUCCUGCUCCUGUCCUAGCCGCUGCUUGUGCUUUAGGACUACAGUAAGAUGCAUGCAUCUGAUGCUGGAAAACAUCCCUGAAGUCCCACCUCAGACAAACAUAUUGGAUUUACGCUUCAAUCGCAUCAAAGAGAUUCAACCUGGAGCCUUCAGGAGACUGAAGAACCUCAACACACUGCUGCUGAACAAUAAUUUGAUCAAACAAGUUGCAAGAAGGUCCUUUGAAGCUCUGCAGAACUUGAAAUAUCUCUACCUGUACAAAAAUGAAAUUCAGAGUAUCCAGCAACAUGCCUUCAAGGGGCUCCAUUCUCUGGAACAGCUUUACCUUCAUUUCAACAACCUGGAAACCUUGGAGCCAGAAACCUUUAGCGACCUGCCCAAACUGGAAAGACUAUUCUUGCACAACAACAAGAUUUCCAGAAUUCAGCCAGGAACCUUCUCUCAACUGGAAUCCCUCAAACGGCUACGGCUGGACUCCAAUGCCUUGCUCUGUGACUGUGACUUGAUGUGGCUGGCCAAACUGCUGAAGAAAUAUUCUGAACAGGGCAAUAUUCAGACAGCUGCCACCUGUGAGAAUCCAAGGGAAUUGCAGGGCCGGUCCAUCACCACCUUGACAACCCAAGAAUUUAACUGUGAGAGGCCUCGCAUCACCACCGAGCCCCAUGAUGCUGAUGUCAAGUUGGGAAACACUGUUUAUUUCACCUGCAGGGCAGAAGGAAACCCAAAGCCAGAGAUCAUCUGGCUACACAACAACAAUGAAAUUGACAUGAAAGACGAUGGGCGCCGUAACUUGCUGCAGGAUGGAACCCUGAUGAUCCAAAACACCAAAGAAUCUGACAAAGGCGUCUACCAGUGCAUGGCCAAGAACAUAGCCGGAGAGGUCAAGACACAGGAAGUAGUUCUGCGCUACUUUGGCACUCCAUCCAAGCCCAGCUUUGUGAUCCAACCCCAGAACACAGAAGUGCUGGUUGGGCAAAGCGUCACCUUGGAGUGUGGGGUCUCUGGGCACCCACCCCCUCACGUCAUCUGGACUCUGGGCACGGGCUCGCCACUCCCGAGCGAUGCCCGCUUCGCCAUCACCGGCUCAGGAGGGCUAUACAUCCAAAACGUCACCUUCUUGGACCAGGGCCAGUACAAUUGCAAUGCCAGCAACUCAGAAGGCUCCAUCCAGGCUACGGCAAACAUUAUAGUGCAAGAUACUCCCAGGUUCCUGGUCAUUCCCAUUGAUCAGACUGUGACCGAGGGGCAAAGCGUGGAUUUCUCCUGCACUGCUGAAGGCCAUCCUCCACCUGUUAUCACCUGGACAAGGGCAGGUGGGCCAUUGACAAAUGACCGGAGGCACAGUAUCCUCUCCACCGGCACCCUGCGCGUCAUGAGGGUUGCCCUGCAUGACCAAGGCCAGUAUGAAUGCCAUGCCAUCAGUGCCAUCGGAGUCAAGAGCCUCCCGGUGCAGCUUUGGGUGACGCCUCGAGUGAUCCCUGUGUUUCUUCACCCUCCGCAAGAUGUGGUAGCUGAGACUGGGCAGGAUGUUGUGAUCACCUGUGCUGCCCAAGGAGAUCCACGACCCAUCAUCACCUGGGCCAAAGAGGGUAUUCAGAUCACAGAGAGCGGCAAGUUCCAUGUAAGUCGAGAUGGGACCCUAUCCAUUCGAGACCUGGGAGUGGCUGAUCAGGGCAGAUAUGAGUGUAUAGCCAGGAAUACCUUUGGAUUCACGUCCAGCACCAUGCAGCUGACCAUCACUGCCACGGACGUUGGUCGGAGUGGCGACACCUUUGUAGCCACGUCAAUACAGGAAGCCAUCAGCAGUGUGGACCAUGCUAUCAAUUCAACGCGCACUGAGCUGUUUAGCAAGCGACCCAAAACUCCCAAUGACUUGCUGGCACUCUUCCGUUACCCCCGGGACCCUUACACCAUCGAAACAGCCCGGGCUGGCGAGAUCUUUGAAAGAACCUUGCAACUGAUCCAAGACCAUGUCCAGCAGGGGUUGAUCGUGGACAUGAAUGGCACGGGCUACCGUUACAACGACCUGGUCUCCCCUCACUACCUGAACGUGAUCGCCAACCUGUCUGGCUGCUCCGCCCACCGCCGCACGCCCAACUGCUCUGACAUCUGUUUUCACAAGCAGUACAGGACCCACGAUGGCUCCUGUAACAAUCUCCAGCACCCGAUGUGGGGUGCGUCCCUCACAGCCUUCCAGCGCCUCCUCAAGCCGGCCUACCAGAAUGGCUUUAACCUGCCGCGGGGCUUCUCUUUGGCAGAAGACUCCAGGGAGCUGCCCCUGCCGCUGCCUCGUCUCGUCUCCACAGCCAUGAUAGGGACAGAAACCAUCACCUCCGACGACCAGUUCACUCACAUGCUCAUGCAGUGGGGCCAGUUUCUGGACCAUGACAUGGACCAGACGGUGGCAGCCAUCAGCAUGUCGCGGUUCUCGGACGGGGCACCCUGCAGUGAGGUGUGCACCAAUGACCCGCCGUGCUUCUCCGUCGUGAUCCCGGAGAACGACCCCCGGUUGAGGAACGGGCGCUGCAUGUUCUUUGUCCGCUCCAGCCCCGUGUGCGGCAGCGGGAUGACCUCCCUGCUGAUGAACUCAGUCUACCCCAGGGAACAGAUCAACCACCUGACCUCUUACAUCGACGCCUCCAACGUCUACGGCAGCACGGAGCAGGAAUCUCAGGAGCUGAGGGACCUGAGCAGCCAGAGAGGGCUGCUGAAACAAGGACAGGCGGUGCCCAGCUCGGGGAAACACCUCCUCCCGUUUGCCGUGGGGCCGCCCACUGAGUGUAUGCGGGACGAGAACGAGAGCCCCGUGCUGUGCUUCCUGGCAGGGGAUCACCGGGCCAACGAGCAGCUGGGCCUCACAGCCAUGCACACCCUCUGGUUCCGGGAGCACAACCGCCUUGCCGCCGAGCUGCGGGCCCUGAAUCCCCACUGGGAUGGGGACACGCUCUACCACGAGGCACGCAAAAUGGUGGGCGCCCAAAUGCAGCACAUCACGUACGCACACUGGCUCCCCAAGAUCCUUGGGGAAGCUGGCAUGAAGGUGCUGGGUGAGUACAAAGGCUACAACCCCAACGUCAACGCUGGAAUCCUCAAUGCCUUCGCCACCGCGGCCUUCCGGUUCGGACACACGCUGAUCAACCCCGUCCUGUAUCGGCUGAAUGAAACCUUCCAGCCCAUUCGCCAAGGCCACGUCCCCCUCCACAAGGCCUUCUUCUCCCCUUUCAGGAUCACCCAGGAAGGAGGGAUUGAUCCUCUCCUCCGUGGUCUGUUCGGGGUCCCUGGGAAAAUGCGGGUCCCCUCCGAGCUCCUGAACAUGGAACUGACCGAGAAGCUCUUCUCCAUGGCGCACUCUGUCUCACUGGAUCUGGCAGCAAUCAACAUCCAGCGGGGGAGGGACCAUGGCAUCCCCCCAUACAAUGACUUCAGGGUCUUCUGCAAUCUCACAUCGGCACAGGAGUUUGAAGACCUCCGGAACGAGAUCAAAAACCUCGAGAUCAGGGAAAAGCUGAGGAGUUUAUAUGGGACUACCAAAAACAUUGACCUGUUUCCAGCACUGAUGGUGGAAGAUCUUGUCCCUGGGACCAGAGUUGGACCAACAUUGAUGUGCCUGCUAGCAACACAGUUCCGAAGACUCAGAGAUGGGGAUAGGUUUUGGUAUGAGAAUCCUGGAGUCUUCACCCCAGCCCAGGUGACUCAGAUAAGGCAGACGUCGCUGGCUCGCAUCAUCUGCGACAACAGCGACCAUGUCCGACAGCUCCAGAGGGACGUGUUCCAGGUGGCUUCCUACCCCCAAGGCAUGGUCAACUGCGAGGAGAUCCCGGCGGUUGAUCUCCGCAUGUGGCAGGACUGCUGCGAAGACUGCAGAACCAGAGGGCAGUUCAAUGCUCUUUCUCAGCAAUUCCGGAGCAAGAGGUCUCCCAGCUUCAGCUACCCAGAAGAAAACCCUUCUAAGCACAACCCUGCCGUCCCAAGAAACGAAGAGUCUUCCCAUGACCAUUCUUCCCAGCAGGACCUUGAGUCCUUUGUGGCUGACCUAGAAAAGACCGUUUCUUUCCUACGGAAACAGGUCAACGCCUUAGAAGGUCAGCUGAGGUGGUGGCAUAGAAGCACUAAUGAAUAUAGACGGUGGAAGAAGACUGGAGAGAAACAGAGAAAAAGAUGA